CGCAUGCGCAUUCGUCACUUCUGGACACUUAGAUUUUGCGCUCGUUUUCGGCCGGCCUCAUGUAAUCUUAUUCGAACAAACGUUGUGAUACGUAGGCAAAAUGAGUGUCGAAAACCCGGCCAGCGAUAAUGAUUGUGAAUCUGGAAAGGUAAAUGGAAAUAAAAAUGAACACGUGAACGGCAUGCAUAACGGCUACAGUAGCUCUGACAAACACAAAUCAAGCCACAAAUCUUCUAGCAAAGACAAGCAUCGCGACAAAGAUCGCGAUCACAAGGGCUCGUCCAAGCACAGCAGCUCUAGCAGAGACAAGGACAAAGACAAACACUCAAGCAAUAAAGAGCACAGCAGCUCCCAUAAAUCUUCCAGCAAAGAUAAAGAACACAACAGUGAAAAGAGAGACAGAAGUGAUAAAGAUCACAGUAGCAGAGAUAAAGAACGUAGUGACAAAGAUAAACACCGCAGUGACAAGGACAAACAUAGAGAAAAAUCAAAAAGUGACAAAGAUAGGCGUGAUGAAAAAGACAAGAAUAAAAGCAGUUCAGAUAGCAAAAAGACAUCAUCAUCAUCAUCAUCCAGAGAUAAAGAACACAAAAGCUCAUCAAAGGAUAAAGAUCAUAAAUCUAAAAGUAAAGAUGAAAAAGAUAAAGAUCGACACAGGAGUGACAAGGAUAAACACCAUAGGGACAAAGAUAAGCACUCCAGUUCAAAAGAUAAAAACAGCUCCAGCAAGAACAAGGAGAAAAGUUCAAGUGAAAGAAAUGAAAAGAUAAAAUCUGAGUCUCAGAAUGUCAUAAAAGAUGAACCUAUGGAGGUGGAUCAACCAGUCUUAAAACGUGAACAAGAUGAUAGUGAUGAAGGAUAUGCUGGAGCUAACACAACUGUCUCAUCUUGUGACUACUCUAUGUCCCAAUUUAAAGAUGAGCCACUUUCUGAACUGCCUCCAGAUGAUGAAAGUGAAGAGGAUAUACCACUAACUGCACGAAAAGCUAAAAAACGCCAUGUUAGUGAUGGUGAAGAAGACAUUCCAUUACUACAAAGAAAGAAAUCUAAGAAAAAAGUAAAAAAAGAAGAGACUUAUGAAGAUUAUGAUGAUUAUGAAGAAGAUGAAAAACCUAAAAAGAAAAAGAAGAGUUCUGAAAAAACUAAAUCAGUUAAGGUGAAAUCUGAGCCCAUAGAUGAUGGUAUCAGUCCCAAUAAACGGAAGAAAAAACAAGACACAGAAACAGAACAAGUCUGGAAAUGGUGGGAAGAAGAGAAGACCGAUGAUGGAACAAAAUGGACAUUUUUGGAACAUAAAGGCCCUGUGUUUGCUCCACCUUAUGAACCUUUGCCUUCCAAUGUCAAAUUUUAUUAUGAUGGUAAAGAGUUGAAACUAUCUGAAGAUGCUGAAGAAGUAGCAGGAUUUUAUGCACGCAUGUUGGAACAUGAUUAUACCACCAAGUCUGUUUUCAACACCAAUUUUUUAACUGACUGGCGGAAAGUGAUGACUCCGGAAGAAGCUAAACUUAUUAAAGAUUUGUCCAAAUGUAACUUCAAAGAGAUGCAUGCAUACUUUCAGAGUGUAUCUGAAAAAAAUAGAAAUCGAUCUAAAGAAGAAAAGGCUGCUUUAAAAGCCAAAAAUGAAGAAAUACAAAAAGAAUAUGGAUUUUGCACAAUAGAUGGUCAUAAAGAGAAGAUAGGGAACUUCCGAAUAGAACCCCCAGGGUUGUUUAGAGGUCGGGGUGAGCACCCAAAAAUGGGGAAAUUAAAGAGACGUGUUAUGCCUGAAGAUGUCUUAAUCAAUUGCUCAAAAGAUAGUAAAAUACCAAAACCACCUUCAGGACAUAAAUGGAGAGAAGUAAGACAUGAUAAUACAGUUACAUGGUUAGCCUCUUGGACAGAGAAUGUUCAGCAGCAAGCUAAGUAUGUCAUGUUAAAUCCCAGUUCAAAAUUGAAGGGUGAAAAAGAUUGGCAGAAAUAUGAGACUGCUAGAAAACUUCAUAAGUGUAUAGACAAAAUUAGAGAAAAUUACCGUGCUGAUUGGAAGGCAAAGGAGAUGCAGGUGCGCCAAAGAGCAGUGGCACUAUACUUCAUUGAUCGAUUAGCACUUAGAGCAGGUAAUGAAAAAGAUGAUGAACAAGCUGACACUGUUGGUUGCUGUUCAUUAAGAGUAGAACAUAUCCAGUUACACAAAGAAAAGGACGGUAAAGAAUAUGUAGUAGUGUUUGAUUUCCUUGGUAAAGAUUCAAUAAGAUAUUACAAUGAAGUGCCAGUAGAGAAACGUGUAUUUAAGAAUCUCGAAAUAUUUAUUGAGAAUAAAAAGGACAGUGAUGAUCUCUUCGACAGACUUAACACACAAACUUUAAAUGAACAUUUAAAAGACUUGAUGCCAGGUUUGACUGCCAAGGUAUUCCGUACAUACAAUGCUUCUAUUACCCUACAGAAACAAUUAGAUGAGCUCACUGAUGGUGAUGCCUCUGUGCCUGAGAAGAUUUUAGCUUACAAUAGAGCAAACCGUGCAGUUGCCAUCUUGUGCAACCAUCAACGUGCUGUACCUAAGGGACAUUCUAAGUCCAUGGAGGCUUUAAAAGAAAAAAUUCAAGCUAAACGGGAUCAAAUUGAUGAGGCUGAAGAAGACCUUCGACAAGCAUCUAAAGCAGCAAAGCGAGGUUCUGUUAAAGAAAAAUUAGCAUGUGAUAAGAAGAAAAAGGCACUUGAACGUCUCAAAGACCAACUUAAAAAACUGGAACUACAGGAAACAGACAGAGAUGAAAAUAAAACCAUUGCCCUUGGAACAUCGAAACUGAAUUAUUUGGAUCCACGGAUUUCAGUAGCAUGGUGCAAGAAACAUGGUGUUCCAAUUGAGAAAAUAUAUAACAAAACGCAAAGGGAUAAGUUCCGAUGGGCAAUAGACAUGGCCGGGCCAGACUAUGUCUUCUAGUUUCAAUUUUAGAAUAAUUAGCAGCUCUAUUUUUAUAUGUUGAAUAUAACGUCCCAAUUAUACAAAAUGAUGUAUAAAAUCAGUUUUAUGAACUUACAUUUUACAAAGUUCACUAUGUGAUGAUGUAUUUAAGGUUCAAGUAAAGUUUAUGUAUUAAAAAAUCCGAACAUUGUUCCUCCUUUUUUAAAUUAGAAGUCUGAUUCUAAUUAUUUUAUUUAGUUUGGACUUUAGUUCUCGAUCCCUUUUUAGAUUAUUUAGACUAAUAUGAUAGUUCAAGGAAUUCUAGUUUUAAGAUUUUGUGUAAGACUUGCAACUUGGUCAAAAAUUUGUUCUCAUUUACAAAAUAACAUUUAGCUAGCCAUAAUGAUAGUAUUAUCUGAAAAUAAUUCUUAUAAUUAAAUUACAAGUUGCUAGUCACUUUUAUAAAGAAUGACAAAAUGUUGUGAAUAAGUCAUUGUGAUGUGUAAAUACACAUUGUAAAUAUUAGUGAGGCUCAUAGUUCACUAAAGUUCAAAUGCAUAAAUAAUAAUGUUGAAUGUGCUUGUGAAAAUACUAUUCGGUAUUGUGAAUAGUGAAGAAAACUUAACUAAGGCUAAUUUAAAAGAAUAUUGUAUCGAAAAGCAAAUGAUGUUAGAAAACACUGCAGUGGUGAAUCAUGUAAAAUAAAAUAAAAUGUAAUGGUUACUUUAUUUUUAUAAAACAAAAAGCAAUAGCUAUAUAAGAUUAUGAAAGGUACAAUUCUGUAGUGUGUUAUAUGUUCAUCUUGUAAAUAUAAAAUUUUUACCAUGUCAUAAAAUUGUGAAAUGAGAUUAUCCUAAAUAAAAACAGUGACAUUAGGAA